AUGGCUGAUCGCGAUACCACAGCGCAAGAACUCAUAUGGCAGUUCUACUGCCCCAUGGCCAACCUACGCGCCAUGAAUAAUGUUUUGCAGGAGAUCGACUCUAUUCUUGGGGAGUCAGAGGACACAACCAAGUAUGAGGUCCUCAUGCAUGAGCUGCCCUACUUGAAAGCGGUUCUACACGAGGCCCUGCGCUUACAUCAUCUAGUGCCCAAGAAUGUGAAGCAGGUCCUCGUUGACGAUGCCUUCCCGAUGGCACUCGUUUCUACAAGGGCGGAUUCAUUGGCUACUCGAACUGAGAGCAGAUCCCCAUUCGGAAAGCACAAGGGUAAGAGUCAGUCCAAGUUCAUCUCGUUCAAUGCAGGUCCGCGUCUAUGGUCUGGGACAAGCAUUUGCGCUCUUAGAGGCCAUGGCGACGAGAUGAAUUUUACUGCAGAGGUACAGUUUCAAUUUGAUGCCGAACCAUCCGGUCCCGGCUGUGAAGGGAUCGGUCACUUUGCCGAUGAAGUCGCCGAUGGCCUUAAUGGCUAG